ACUCGCAGUGAACGGCGGGGCGUGCACCGCUUGUGGGAGGGGGUGGAGUGUGCGUUUGGUUUUUUUUCCCUCCGACAACUUGUCUCUACAGACUCACAACAAAGUUCGGAGUGUGCGUGAACGUUGGACAUUCGAUUACCGGGCAGCAGACAAAUAAAAAAGAGAAGAAAAACAUGGAAGAUUACUAUUACCACGACGAGGACUUGAGCAAUAACGACAGCUACGACUACAGCUACGACCACUCCGUGUGCGACAAGCAGGAGGUGCGCUCCUUCGCCGGAGUCUUCCUCCCGAUCAUCUAUUCGCUGGCUCUGGUGGUGGGCCUGGCGGGGAACGCCCUGGUGGUGGCGGUGUACGCGUCCCGCUCGCGCCUGCGCACCAUGACCGACGUGUGCAUCCUGAACCUGGCCGUGUCGGACCUGCUGCUGCUCGUCACUCUGCCCUUCUGGGCGGCGGACGCAGCGCACGGCUGGAGGUUGGGCUCGGCCGCCUGCAAGCUCACUUCCUUCCUCUACAGCGCCAACUUCAGCUGCGGCAUGCUGCAUCUGGCGUGCAUCAGCGUGGACCGCUACCGGGCGGUGGCUCACAGCGCUGCGGGCAGGACCGGCAGGGGCCCCCGGGUGCGGAAGCAGUGGAUCCUGGUGUGCUUUGCGUUGUGGGCGGUAGCUAUCUUUCUGGGGCUCCCGGAACUUGUCUUCUCCAAUGUGAAGCAUUCCCAUUACAGAACGUACUGCACCGCUAUGUACCCGCCCAGCAUGGGCCGCCCAGCCAAAGCGACCCUGGAACUUCUGGAGGUGACCCUCAGGUUCGUGCUACCGUUCCUGGUGAUGGUCGUGUGCUACUGCCGGGUAGGCCGGGCCCUGGGCCAAGCGCCGGGGGUGCGAAGAGACAAAAAGUGUCGGGCCCUGCGCGUUCUGUUAGCGGUGGUGGCCGUCUUCUUGCUAACACAGCUUCCCUACAACGUGGUGAAGCUGUGCAGAGCGCUGGACAUCAUUUACAUGCUCGUGACCGACUGCGAGAUGAGCAAAGGUCUGGACCGUGCCAUGCAGGUGACCGAGAGCCUGGCGCUGACCCACGCCUGUAUCAACCCACUCCUCUACGCCUUUAUCGGGUCUUCCUUCAGGGGACACAUCCUCAAAACUGCCAAGCGUCUUGGACAGCAACUCGGCGGCCACCCCAGACGAGAAGAUGGCGAGCCGGCGGUGGAGAUCGCGCUCAACACGCGCAAUCAAAACCAAUCGCAGUCUGGCUCUGAGGAACCGGACACCAGCACCUUUAGCAUGUAAAGGCACAACUACAGCUAGUCGCGAAUCUGUAAAGGUUUAGCUUUCCAAGUCCUUAAGUAGGAUAUAUACUAUUUUGGUCGUAACUAGCUGGAGGAGAUUGUUCCAGUAUAAGACCAAGUAGUCAUAGCUAAAGCGGUAAACUCUCUGCAGUACACGCCUGCCAUUCGGGUGGAUAGAGACCGAGCCCUCUGGUAAAUAGUGAAAAACUGUGAGAAAUUGACGCCCCCUUGAAAAGGUUUAGAAUUGCUUAUAUAAAAAAUUAAAACCAUACCAUACACAAACUGCAAUUUAAAAAAAAAACAUUUGAAUAUCAUUUCAGACUAAUCUUACAUUACCCUUAAAAAUAAACAGCUUACAGAUGAUUUGAUUUAGGGAGGGGGAAAAAAAAAAAAAAAAAAAAAAAUGUACAUGCAACUUCCACUAACAACCCAGGCUAAACUUCGCUCCUCCCCACUCAGUCGAGAUGUGUCACUUCAAUAAUACUUCCUUGACACCAAUAAACUACUUUCCUAUUAGCCAGGGCUUAAUCGCCAAUUGUAGGGUGAGAGAGAACAUGCACAACAAUGUGCAAAUAGCGAACCACGACUAGGCGGCCGUUCACUGGACACACAAAUUGAUUUUUUAACUUUUCAACAGAUUUUGAAAAUGUGAGAGACCCAACACCACAAGAGAGAAAACCAAAACCACGUGCACGUACGGCUUUUACAGUGUUUGGGUUACUAUUUGUUGUAGUACCAAGACUGACCUGUGAGAGGCAGCACGGUCCAAGGAGGCAUACAGACUGACGGAAGAAUAAAUGGAAGAAGCUAGACGAACUGUUAGAUUAUCUGGCAACUACAUUGCGAUUGCAAAAUCUUUUAAUCGUGGUGAAUGACAUGGGAGACACAUUUUACAAACACUCGACACAACGAGUUGUGCCUCUGGGAGCGAUAAUAGCGCGAGCUUUGUGUCGCUCCAUAAUUGGCUACUGUUCCGUUUCACGUCACGUCACAAUCAUGGAGUCUGUUUAGUCUGCUCUAAACAUAUCCCACACCUCAGGAUAAUCGCUCAGUAUAAUCAGACAAUUAGACCAUUGCUGACUUUAACCGCACAAUCAAACUUACAAAAUCACGACCACUAGAGGAACUUGCGUUUUUCAUGUCCCACGUGCUGGUACAUUUAACUGCUUUUAGUAAUAUUGUUAUUAGCAACACACUUUUUAUUGUUAAAAGGUUCAGUGCGACCAUCAUCGUGGGACCGUAAUUUACUUUCAGUGAAGAAGAGUCGAAGCAAGGUAGUAACAUAAGUCCCGUGUCGGUUCUUUUUUUUGUGAAGGUUGAUGGAGGUUCAUGUUGAAAAUUUAGAUGAAGAUUCUUGAACAUAAGGUGUUUGUAGGGUCAGGCUAACCAUUGUAUUUUGUUUAAAUUGUGUCUUUUGUUGAUUGAAUUAUAAUGACUAAUAUUUUCACUGAUUUGUACCACAAUGCUGCUAUUUUUUUUUUUUUUUUUUUUUUUUUUUUUAUCUCUUACAGCAAUUUUGGCUAUGUGGAAGGAACUUAGUUUAAAUUUGCCAGAGAAUAUACAUUUUAUUUAAAAAAAAAUAAAAAAUGAAGACUUGUUUUCCAUCUUCUUUAAAUUAGCCUGAAACGAUAACUCUAUUAAAAACAAACAAAAACGUUUGUAUCCAGUGACAGAAUAUGUCUCAUUGAAAAUAACAUUUUAGACACUGUUAGACACUAAUGCAAUCCUUGAUACGAUUCCACGAAUGGCUUUCAAUUUUCAACGUUUUAUCUUUGUCCACCAGAUGGAGCUAUUUUUUCCUCAUACAAAGCAUGCAGCAAACUUUCACAGCUUUUAAUGUUAUCUGCAAGUGUGUCUUGCUUUGAACUGAUAAGUGUGUGUCACUAUUGAGCUUGCAUAAUGGUGUGGCUGUAGGCCACUCGUGCAUAUGAAUUAAAUAAUUAAGAGUAAUAAAAUAA